GUCAAAGACCCAAGUUAGGUUGUGUUGUGUUGAUUAAGAAAAGUUUAAAAGAAAAAAAAGAAAAAGAAAAGGAAAUGUGGUUUCUGUUUGUUUGUGAUGGGGAAGAGAGGGAGUUGGGGAGGCAGCAAGCACCUGGAUCAUGCUCUUAUUGUAGAGGUAAAGUGCAAGCUAUGGAUGUUGAGAGGCAGUGUAACUUCUGUUUUCUGCCUAUUUGCUUCAAGAUCAAGAGGAAGUAUUUCUGUACUCUGUGUUCCAGGCGCUUGGAAUUGUAUUACUAGUUCUUCUUCUUCUUCAACUACCUCUACCACCAAACUAAU